AUGGCGGACGAGCUGACGGUCAAGGUCGUGAGCGGCGCGUCCGAGAGCCUGCACCUGCGCGUGGACCUGGCGGCGGCCUCCGUGCUGUCGCUCAAGCAGCUGAUCGAGCAGCAGGACGCGCGGCGCUUCCCCGUGGCGGCGCAGCGCCUCAUCUUCCAGGGCCAGAUCCUGCAGGACGACAAGCUGCUGGCCGACUACCACGUGGCGGCGGGCUGCGCGCUGCACCUGACGCUCACGCCGGGCGCCGUGGCGGCGGCCAACGCUGCGGCGGACCGACCGGCAGCAGCUGCAGCGCCGGCGGGGCCCGCGCAGCUGAGGGCGUUCCUGCUGCAGAUGAGGGACCACGAGCCGCACGAGCAGUACGCGACGGCGGCGCGCACGCUGCAGAAGAUCUGCGCCAACAUCGUGGGCCACCCGACGGAGGAGAAGUACCGCAAGCUGCGCGUGGACAACGCGGCGCUCAAGGCCAAGCUCUUCGACCGGACGAGGGGCCAGGACUGCGUCAAGCUGCUGGGAUUCCAGGACGGAGUGCAGGCGGUGCGUGCUGAUGCAGACGGGGAAGGGAAGGGAGGAAUUGGUAGCUUUCUAAUUCUCCAGCGCUGCGGCCAACCCCUUUGCAAGCACUGCAGCACCUACAGCCCCGGCUCCGACUCAAGCUCCAGCUUCGACCCCAGCCGCCCCUGCGUCUUCAACUCCUGUGUCCAGCUCCGCCGCUGCUGCCUCUUCGGCAGACAACACCGACGACGCGUACGAGGAGGACGAGAUCGCCAAGGCCAUUGCGCGGUCUCUGCAGGACCAGUAGAA